AGGCAGCAACCUCAACUCGCUAUCAAUAGAAUUUAUACCAACGCAUCGUGGCACGAUCCUCAUUAAUCCUCGUAUUGUUUCUACCACCGAAAUCACCCUAAUAAUCGCGGAAUAUUUUCCAACCUCCCUUUAAUUGUGACAAUUUGAUUAAUUAAAUAGAAUUUAGAAAGAAGAAAAAAUGUCGGCAUCCCCGAUCGCUAGACAGGCCACCCAAAGCCAGAGCAUCCCCUCGAAAAGGGUCGUCAUCCACGAUCCUAAUCAGCUGCCUGCCGAUUAUUCCUCGACACCAGGAGGCACGAUUUUCUCCACAACACCGGGAGGUACCCGUAUCGUUUAUGACCGCGCCUUCUUGAUGAAUUUGCGAAAUUCUCCAAUAUCGAGGACACCGCCAAAAAAUUUGAAUACCAUACCAGCUAGUCUUCAAAAAAGCCCAGUUUCUGAUGCCAUAACACCCAGCAAAAUUUCCAACGGAACUACAAUUCCUCUUGAAGAAACUCCUGCGAAGGUUGAUGCCAAAGAAACUCCUGUGAUCGACGAGACCGGCGAGCAAUUUGAAAUGGACAUGUGAGGGAAAUAUCCAGAAUUAAUUGUGAUGAAGAUAUGUGUUCAUUUUUGAGCCUGUAAAAAUUACUGAAAAAUGAAUUGGGUUUUUGCGAAUAAUCGAGUGACAGAGUUGCUCGAGCAAUGAGCCAAUUUAUGAAUAAUAGCUCAGAGUCCAUAUAAUUAUAAUAAAUAUUAAAUAUUAA